CUCAACACAUGGAAACAGAAGCUGAUGGAGAGGACUGUGGAGGACCAGAACCAGCCAGGAACUCCCAUCCACUUUUACAACCAGAGACUGAUGACAGUGUUGAUAGUGAUUUUUGGAAGGAGACAAGACAGCGGUCAUUUAGCUGCUCUAACUGUGGGAAAAAAUUUGCCUGCAAGGCAGAUCUGAAACCACACAUGAAAUGUCACACAGGAAAAAAAGCUUACAGCUGCUCAGUUUGUAAUACAUCUUUUACACGGAAAGGAAGUUUACAGUCACACAUGAAAACUCACACAGGAGAAAAACCUUUUAGCUGCUCUGAGUGUGGUAGAGCUUUCACUCAAAGUGGAACCCUGAAGACCCACAUGAUGACUCAUUCUGGAGAAAAACCUUUCAGCUGCUCAGUCUGUAAGAAAUCUUUGACACACAGUGGAGCUUUAAAGAUGCACAUGAGAAUUCACACAGGAGAAAAACCUUUCAGCUGCUCAGUUUGUAAGAAAUCUUUUACCCAGAGUGGAGGUUUACAAAAACACAUGAGAAUCCACACAGGAGAGAAACCGUUUAGCUGCUCAGUUUGUAAGAAAUCUUUUACCCAGAGUGGAGGUUUGCAAACACACAUGAGAAUCCACACAGGAGAGAAGCCUUUUAGCUGCUCAGUUUGUAAGAAAUCUUUUACCCAGAGUGAAAAUUUACGGUCACACAUGAGAAAUCAUACAGGAAACAAACCUUUCAGCUGCUGUGAGUGUGGUGAAGCUUUCACUGAAAAUGGACACUUGAAGACACACAUGAGAACUCAUACUGCAGUGUUUGUGAAAAAAGAUUCAACUGAUUCAAGAUUCAAAAUUCUUUAUUAAUCCCACAAAUAGGGAAAUUCACACUGUUACAGCAGCAAGGGAUAAAAGGAGAGGACACAUGCUUGUGGCAGAGUUGCUGUGGGGGGACUGACUGGAUAACAUAACAUUAACCCAGUAUGGCUACUCUAAAGUACUUUUACCGAUUGACAGAGUAAGAUACAUAAAACAAACUGAGCUACAUUGGGUUGGAUUGUCCGUACGUUAUAAUUGACAGGACAAACGGGACAAACGACCCAACGGAGCGACCAAUUCUAUUCUAUUCAUAGUAUCAAAUCAUAGCAAGAGUUAUCUCAAGGCACUUUACAGAUUAGGUUUAGACCCCACACUAUAAUUUACAAAGACCCAACAAUUCCAGUAAUUCCCCCAAGAGCAAGCAUUUAGUGUGACAGU